AUGAGCCCUCCUUGUCAUGGCAUCAGAACUCUGUCCAGCAGCCUACCACUACUGCAGAAGAAAGACUUGGGGAACCUGAGGUGUUCCAGCUGGAAAGUAAAGGAGUCUACUGUCCCUGAAGAAGAGCCCGUUGUCCAGGAUGAGCCCACUGUCCCUUCUGUAGUGCCUGAUGUCCCUGAAGAGGAGCCCAUGGUCCAUGGUAUUAAGCCCGCUGUCCCUCUUGUGAAGCCCGCUGUCCCUGGUAUACAGCCUGCUGUCCCUGGUAUAGAGCCCGCUGUCCCUGGUAUAGAGCCAGCUGUCCCUGGUAUAGAGCCUGCUGUCCUUCUUGUGAAGCCCGCUGUCCCUGGUAUAGAGCCAGCUGUCACUCUUGUGAAGCCCGCUGUCCCUGGUAUAGAGCCUGCUGUCCCUGGUAUAGAGCCUGCUGUCCCUGGUAUAGAGCCCGCUGUCCCUGGUAUAGAGCCUGCUGUCCCUGGUAUAGAGCCUGCUGUCCCUGGUAUAGAGCCUGCUGUCCCUGGUAUAGAGCCCGCUGUCCCUGGUAUAGAGCCAGCUGUCCCUGGUAUAGAGCCCCUGCCCGCUGUCCCUGGUAUAGAGCCUGCUGUCCCUGGUAUAGAGCCCGCUGUCCCUGGUAUAGAGCCUGCUGUCCCUGGUAUAGAGCCUGCUGUCCCUGGUAUAGAGCCAGCUGUCCCUGGUAUAGAGCCAGCUGUCCCUGGUAUAGAGCCUGCUGUCCCUGGUAUAGAGCCAGCUGUCCCUGGUAUAGAGCCUGCUGUCCCUGGUAUAGAGCCUGCUGUCCUUCUUGUGAAGCCCGCUGUCCCUGGUAUAGAGCCUGCUGUCCCUGGUAUAGAGCCCGCUUUCUCUGGUAUAGAGCCUGCUGUCCCUGGUAUAGAGCCCGCUGUCCCUGGUAUAGAGGCUGCUGUCCCUCUUGUGAAGCCCGCUGUCCCUGGUAUAGAGCCAGCUGUCCCUGGUAUAGAGCCCGCUGUCCCUGGUAUAGAGCCAGCUGUCCCUGGUAUAGAGCCUGCUGUCCCUGGUAUAGAGCCAGCUGUCCUUCUUGUGAAGCCCGCUGUCUCUGGUAUAGAGCCUGCUGUCCCUGGUAUAGAGCCAGCUGUCACUCUUGUGAAGCCCGCUGUCUCUGGUAUAGAGCCUGCUGUCCCUGGUAUAGAGCCCGCUGUCCCUGGUAUAGAGCCAGCUGUCCAUCUUGUGAAGCCCGCUGUUCCUGGUAUAGAGCCCGCUGUCCCUGGUAUAGAGCCAACUGUCCCUGGUAUAGAGCCAGCUGUCCCUAGUAUAGAGCCUGCUGUCCCUGGUAUUAAGCCCGCUGUCCAUCUUGUGAAGCCCUCUGUCUCUGGCAUAGAGCCCGCUGUCCCUGGUAUAGAGCCUGCUGUCCCUGGUAUAGAGCCUGCUGUCCCUGGUAUAGAGCCUGCUGUCCCUGGUAUAGAGCCAGCUGUCCCUGGUAUAGAGCCUGCUGUCCCUGGUAUAGAGCCUGCUGUCCUUCUUGUGAAGCCCGCUUUCUCUGGUAUAGAGCCUGCUGUCCCUGGUAUAGAGCCAUCUGUCCCUCUUGUGAAGCCCGCUGUCCCUGGUAUAGAGCCUGCUGUCCCUGGUAUAGAGCCCGCUGUCCCUGGUAUAGAGCCCGCUGUCCCUGGUAUAGAGCCCGCUGUCCCUGGUAUAGAGCCCGCUGUCCCUGGUAUAGAGCCCGCUGUCCCUGGUAUAGAGCCUGCUGUCCCUGGUAUAGAGCCAGCUGUCCCUCUUGUGAAUCUCGCUGUCCCUGGUAUAGAGCCAGCUGUCCCUGGUUUAGAGCCCGCUGUCCCUGGUAUAGAGCCCGCUGUCCCUCUUGUGAAGCCCGCUGUCCCUGGUAUAAAGCCAGCUGUCCCUGGUAUAGAACCUGCUGUCCCUGGUAUAGAGCCUGCUGUCCCUGGUAUAAAGCCUUCUGUCCCUGGUAUAGGGCCUGCUGUCCCUAGUAUAGAUCCUGCUGUCCCUGGUAUUAAGCCCGCUGUCCCUCUUGUGAAGCCCUCUGUCUCUGGUAUAGAGCCUGCUGUCCCUGGUAUAGAGCCCGCUGUCCCUGGUAUAGAGCCAGCUGUCCCUGGUAUAGAGCCAGCUGUCCCUGGUAUAGAGCCCGCUGUCCCUGGUAUAGAGCCUGCUGUCCCUGGUAUAGAGCCUGCUGUCCCUGGUAUAGAGCCAGCUGUCCCUCUUGUGAAGCCCGCUGUCCCUGGUAUACAGCCUGCUGUCCUUGGUAUAGAGCCUGCUGUCCAUGGUAUAGAGCCCGCUGUCCCUGGUAUAGAGCCAGCUGUCCCUGGUAUAGAGCCUGCUGUCCCUGGUAUAGAGCCUGCUGUCCCUGGUAUAGAGCCUGCUGUCCCUGGUAUAGAGCCCACUGUCCCUGGUAUAGAGCCCACUGUCCCUGGUAUAGAGCCUGCUGUCCCUCUUGUGAAGCCCGCUGUCUCUGGUAUAGAGCCUGCUGUCUCUGGUAUAGAGCCUGCUGUCCCUGGUAUAGAGCCUGCUGUCCCUCUUGUGAAGCCCGCUGUCUCUGGUAUAGAGCCUGCUGUCCCUGGUAUAGAGCCCGCUGUCCCUGGUAUAGAGCCUGCUGUCCCUGGUAUUAAGCCCGCUGUCCCUCUUGUGAAGCCCUCUGUCUCUGGUAUAGAGCCUGCUGUCCCUGGUAUAGAGCCCGCUGUCCCUGGUAUAGAGGCUGCUGUCCCUGGUAUAGAGACUUCUGUCCCUGGUAUAGAGCCUGCUGUCCCUGGUAUAGAGCCCGCUGUCCCUGGUAUAGAGCCUGCUGUCCCUCUUGUGAAGCCCGCUGUCUCUGGUAUAGAGCCCGCUGUCCCUGGUAUAGAGCCUGCUGUCCCUGGUAUAGAGACUGCUGUCCUUCUAGUGGAGCCCGUUGUCCCUGGUAUAGAGACUGCUGUCCCUGGUAUAGAGCCUGCUGUCCCUGGUAUAGAGCCCGCUGUCCCUGGUAUAGAGACUGCUGUCCCUGGUAUAGAGACUGCUGUCCCUGGUAUAGAGCCCAGUGAAGCCCGCUGUCCCACUGUCCCUGGUAUAGAGCCUGCUGUCCCUGGUAUAGAGCCUGCUGUCCCUGGUAUAGAGACUGCUGUCCUUCUAGUGAAGCCCGCUGUCUCUGGUAUAGGGCCUGCCGUCCAUAGUAUAGAGCCUGCUGUCCCUGGUAUAGAGCCUGCUGUCCCUGGUAUAGAGCCUGCUGUCACUGGUAUAGAGCCUGCUGUCCCUGGUAUAGAGCCUGCUGUCCCUGAGCCUGCUGUCCCUGGUAUAGAGCCUGCUGUCGCUGUCCCUGGUAUAGAGCCUGCUGUCCCUGGUAUAGAGCCUGCUGUCCUUCUUGUGAAGCCCGCUUUCUCUGGUAUAGAGCCAGCUGUCCCUCUUGUGAAGCCCACUGUCUCUGGUAUAGAUCCUGCUGUCCCUGGUAUAGAGCCCGCUGUCCCUGGUAUAGAGCCCGCUGUCCCUGGUAUAGAGCCCGCUCAAGCCUCUGUCCCUGGUAUAGAGCCUGUGUCCCUGAAGCCCGCUGUCCCUGGUAUAGAGCCCACUGUCCCUGGUAUGAGCCCGCUGUCCAUGGUAGCUGUCCCUGAGCCUGCUGUCCCUGGUUUAGAAAUAAAAUCUGUCCCUGGUAUAGAGCCCGCUGUUCCUGGUAUAGAGCCCGCUGUCCCUGGUAUAGAGCCCGAUGUACCUGGUAUAGAGCCCGCUGUCCCUGGUAUAGAGCCCGCUGUUCCUGGUAUAGAGCCCGCUGUUCCUGCUGUGGUGCCUGAUGUCCCUGAAGAGGAGCCCGCUGUCCCUGGUAUAGAGGCCGCUGUCCCUGGUGUGAAGCCCGCUGUCCCUGAGCCAGCUGUCCCUGGUAUAGAGCCUGCUGUCCCUGGUAUAGAGCCCUGUCCCUGGUAUAGAGCCUGUCCGCUGUCCCUGGAUAGAGCCUGCUUCCCUGGUAUAGAGCCCGCUGUCCCUGGUAUAGAGCCUGCCCCUGGUAUAGAGCCAUGUCCCUCUUGUGAAGCCCGCUGUCCCUGGUAUAGAGCCUGCCAGCUGUCCUGCUGUCCCUUAUUUGCCCUGGUAUAG